GAGGCCGAUCAAAUAAAAAUUAUUUUUGACGCAAAUUUAUCUCGUCUUGGUCCCUGAUAAGCAAAUAGCUUAUCACAGGUCAAAGUGUAAAAGUAAAGACUGAUAAGGGAUGGAUUAACGGGAACGUUGAAUUUCCAUGUUUCAAUGGAGUAAAUUGGUUCAUUUCCUGGUUUAGAAAUCUGGAAUAAAUUUUGAAGUGUAAGCAUCGUUAUCGACUGACCAAAAUUAUGUCAAAUCCUCAUUACGACAUUCCCCCAUGGGCAUCUCGACCCGCGGCUGGACUUCAUUUGGAUGUGAUGAAGGGAGAAAAACUAGUCCAGAAAUUGAUGGUGGAUGAGAAAAAGUGUUACCUGUUUGGCAGAAAUCCUCAAAUUAACGACGUUUGCAUCGACCACGCCUCCUGUUCCAGGGUUCAUGCUGCGUUCGUGUAUCACAAACAUUUGGAGAGGGCAUUUCUUGUCGAUCUAGCGAGCACACAUGGCACAUAUAUUGGAAGCAUGCGGUUAGAAUCCAAUAAACCGACUCAACUCCCGGUCGACACCACCUUCCAUUUUGGAGCGUCUACGAGAAUGUACAUAUUGAGGGAGAAGCCCCCAAAUGUGGGGCCAAGACCUAUCAUGGAAGAGUUGGAGCGGGCGGGCGCUGACGGUGAAGGAGGCUGGUUGGGUCUUCCCGAAACGGACUCUGAGCUGGAUAACCUGACGGAAUUUAAUACUGUGCACAAUAAACGGAUAUCUAUGCUGGGCAUACCGGAAGAUACUAAGAGGAAGAAGAGAAAGCAAAAGUCUGUCACGUUUAAUGAAGAUGAAGAAAUUAUCAAUCCUGAAGAUGUGGACCCGUCUGUGGGUAGAUUUAGAAAUUUGGUUCACACAACGGUCAUCCCAACGUCAAAGAGAAUAAAAAUGGAUCCUGGCGGCCUGGUUCCGGCUCACACUACGCAGAAACAUCUCAUGCCUCGGACUUCCUUCAGCUUGUACGACGAUCUGCCCCCAGAUUCUUUUGGAACACCGUUUUUCACGAGUUUAUCCUCUAAAUUGGAUCUCCCCCUGCCAAACCCUGCUCCCGACAUUGAGCCGGCGGAAGAAAUACCAUCAUUGCCAAUGAAAGUAAUGCCCACAUUCAACCCUCCCCCGCCCUCCAUGGACCUCAGUGACGAGCCCAAGAAGAAGAAAUAUGCCAAGGAAGCCUGGCCUGGGAAGAAGCCCGGAGUCGGAAAUUUGUUAUUGUAAUGCAGCACUCUAUAAUUUAAAAUACUGCUAAUUUUUUAUCAUUACAACUAGUUGAGCAAUGUUCAUUAACUGAUGACUGAUCCACUGGUUUAUUUAUGGCCCCCGUUAUUUGUUUGUAUAAUAAACAUUUAACAUGAAAAUUA